AUGGCAACCCCAAAUGCCAAAUCCAGCAAACCUCGCCGGCGAGACACCGACGACGGUCGAGCCGAGAGGAAGAGGAUCCAAGACCGACUGGCCCAACGAGCCACGCGAGAAAGAACCAAAAAUCGCAUUGCAUACCUCGAACAGCGCCUCAGCAGUCUCGAGGCUGGUGACAAGCAGGGUGAAAUAGCUGCUUUGUCGCGUAUCAUCGACAAUCUGAGAAAUGACAACCACCGCCUUCGCAAUGCCUUGGUCAAAAUGCGUACCACCAUCGACCAGGCCGUUAUUACCACGGAUGAUUCCUCCGACCUCCGGUCAGGUGUCAAGCCAUGUGGAUGCGCUGUACAGUCAAAUUGCACCUGUGCGGAGUCGACCUUUGGGACAACUCCUCAGGCUGCAUUCGAUGAGGCAACCCCCGCGACCUUCCACGGCGAUGCUGGUCGUCAGGAAUCAGCCUCCACCGACCCUUCCGACGUCAUCGAGAUUGUCACCGGGCAUGGCACUGGAGUCACCAUGACCGAUGAUAACGUGGACAUGGCCAAUCCGGAGGCCGUAAGCGGAGGGCUCACAGGACUCGAGGAUUUUUUCGACUUCAACCCCGACGCUUUGCUGGAAAUGUUCGAAUUCGGUCCGACAAGCUGCAAUGGAUGGCACUCCCAGACGCCAUCACCAUUCGACUAUCGAUUCCCUUCAUCUGAUUCCGUGACCAAAAUCGCUCCAGACGUGGACAAAUGGGACGUGUCCAACGGAGCAUUCAUCGGUGCUCUAAACUCGGUGAAGAAGCAAACCGCCUCGACGACUACUCUGGAUCUGCAUGUGCCUUUUAAAGCAGCCAUCUGGGGUUGGGACAAUGUCGGCCCCGAGGCGCUGCAUCCGGUAUGGAAUGCUCUUCGACAGGUUGACCAGCGAGUCUUUGGCACCUGGACGUCCAAGGCCCAGAGAAUCGCCUUGAUGUACGUCUGUCAGACUCUUAUUCAGUACCGUGAGAAUCCCACGCAAGAAAACCUUCAGCGCGUACCCGUGUUUCUACGACCAAGACCAUCCCAGGAGAAAAUUCAACAUCCGGCAGUCAUAGAUUUCCUAAUAUGGCCCGGCCUCCGCGACCGUCUCGUGUUCGAACACGAGAAGUACACUGCGACGGGCGCUUUCUCCGCCGCCUUCGUUGAACAUUUCAACUUCCACUGGCCGUACUCGGACCGGGAGAUUUUUGCUUAUAACCCCGUGCUCAAUCGGUACGAGGUGUCCAAGAUCUUCCUCGAGUAUGCCCACAAUUUUAGGAAUUGGACUAUGAAGCCCGCUUUUUUCAAGAAAUUCCCGGAAAUGCAGCAUGAUAUAGCGGCAUUUGAGGAGACAUUGGAUUUCCCUCGGCCAAGUUGGUCGGUGUGA